AAAACUAUUGCUCGCCAGAAAACUUUGACUGGCUCGUGGACUACCUCGAUUACAUUUAUUCCAAGGACCACGAGACCGCGGGCGACAUCCUUUUGCUACUGGCCGCGUGUAGCUCGCAAGUGAGCUGUAGCCCCGCUAAGCGAUAUCUAUUCAUCGAGAGGCUCAUCGAUUGCAUGGGCAGUGACAUGCCUCCCCGUUUACGUAAUACUGCCCUUCGCGCUGCUCACUCUGCCAGAGAAUUCUUGGCCUCGAUCGAUGUCAUUGAUGAUGCGAAGCUACGGGACAUGGUUUUUACCAAGUUCUUCCCUGCUGUCGUGUCCACGGUUUGUCCGCGACCAGGUGUAUCAUCCGCAAAUGAUGAUUACUAUUAUAAUCCAGACCUCUUCUUCGAUAAUCGCCCCGAAACGUACUAUCUCGAGUUGAUCUUUGCCCUCGCGAUAAAUUCCAACUGGCGCCCCCACGUGUUCGGGGACCGCCAUAUAGAACGGUGCAUUAGCAUGAUUGACUACAUAUCCAACUCAUACCUGUCACCUUGGCUAGUUGGUAUCCUCCGAAUCGCACCGGAACAGUUGUCGGAUCCGUUGCUCAAGUCUAUCACAGAGCAGCAGUGGUAUGACUUGACGAUAAAGGCAUGGCCUUUUGUUACUGGCGCACUCGGCGACUUGUACUAUCUCGAGGUCCUUCUCAUCCUCGUGGAAGAAACAAAGAAGUAUGUGCACAUUUCUUCGAAAAAACAUGAACUCGAGCUGGUCAUCAAGGGUGGGGAUGAUAUUCUCGCAGCAAUGGAGACGCAAGAUUCAGAGCAGGGAGAGAGGGUCACUGUUGCUGUGAAGGAGUUAAUGGCUGUAGUCAGAGACGUGCUUGACUCGGAAAGGUUCAGUCAAUUAGUUAUCGAAUUAUCAGUCCCCUAAUUAUCAUGAUUCUUUCAUGUUGUGUUGUGCUAUGGUCCUGGAAUCAGAGUUGAAGGGAUGGGGCGGUGUGGAAGUGUGGAAGGGGAUAAGUAACUUAGCUUGGUAGAUGAUUUGUUGGCAAAUGUUGAUAUCGGCGAGCGAGUCGACUUACACAGACUCGAGACCUUGAGCUCCUCCACACUGGUGGUCAGGCAAGAAAUUCGAAAGCCACCAGCCUUGAACCACUACAUUCCACUGGUAGAAACUUACUGAUAUCAUGAUCAAAACCGGAAGCCUCCCGAAUACCAGAGUGUUCCAGCACGUGCGGCGAGGCGUGAAGUGAUCCAAAGGGCGUGCAGGCCGGCGAGUCGACGACGCCAUCGGAAGUUAUAUCCCUCAGAUGAUCAAGAUGCAAUCUUAUAGGAGUGUCUGAGUGAGGGAGAGAUAAUCAAAACCUAGUAAGCGGCC